UCACUGAUCACGCGCUUGAAACAUCUCUCCCUCGCUCCGCUUUCACCCAGACACAAUGGCUCCCCACGCAACUGCGGACGUCGCUGCCAAUGGCGGGUCGGAUAGCCCCAACAACACCCCCCCUCUCUUCACCGUCAACUCCCCCAAUGUGGUCUACACCGCCGACGAAAUCAACACCCAGUACGCCUACAACACGACCGAGGUCACCCGUACCGCCGAUGGCAAGCUCGUGGCAACCCCCAAGACCACCAACUAUCAGUUCAAGGUCGAUCGCCAUGUUGGCAAGGUGGGCAUGAUGCUCGUCGGUCUGGGCGGCAACAAUGGUUCCACCGUCACCGCCGGUAUCAUCGCCAACCGCCGCGGUCUUACCUGGGAAACUCGCGAGGGCCACCGUGCCUCUAACUACUACGGCUCCGUCGUCAUGAGCUCCACCGUCAAGCUGGGUACCGACGCCAAGACCAACCAGGAGAUCAACAUCCCCUUCCACGACAUGCUGCCCAUGGUCCACCCCAACGACCUGGUCAUCGGUGGCUGGGACAUCAGCGCCAUGAACCUCGCCGACGCCAUGGACCGCGCCCAGGUGCUCGAGCCCACCCUCAAGGACCUCGUCCGGAAGGAGAUGGCCGAGAUCAAGCCCCUGCCUUCCAUCUACUACCCGGACUUCAUUGCCGCCAACCAGGAGGACCGCGCCGACAACGUCCUGCCGGGCUCCAAGGCUUGCUGGGCUCACGUCGAGCAGAUCCAGAAGGACAUCCGUGACUUCAAGGCCGCCAACGGGCUCGACAAGGUCGUCGUCCUGUGGACCGCCAACACCGAGCGCUACGCCGACCUCCUGUCCGGCGUCAAUGACACCGCCGACAAUCUCAUCGCCGCCAUCAAGGCCGGCCACGACGAGGUCUCCCCCUCCACCGUCUUCGCCGUCGCCUGUAUCCUUGAGAAGACCCCCUUCAUCAACGGCUCCCCGCAGAACACCUUCGUCCCCGGAGCCAUCGCCCUCGCCGAGCAGCACGGCGCCUUCAUCGGCGGCGACGACUUCAAGUCCGGCCAGACCAAGAUGAAGUCGGCCCUUGUGGACUUCUUGAUCAACGCCGGCAUCAAGCUCACCUCCAUCGCCAGCUACAACCAUCUGGGCAACAACGACGGCAAGAACCUGAGCUCCCAGAAGCAGUUCCGCUCCAAGGAGAUCUCCAAGUCCAACGUCGUCGACGACAUGGUCGCCGCCAACGACAUCCUCUACGCCAAGGACGAGCACCCGGACCACACCGUCGUCAUCAAGUACAUGCCGGCCGUCGGCGACAACAAGCGCGCCCUCGACGAGUACUACGCCGAGAUCUUCAUGGGCGGCCACCAGACCAUCAGUCUCUUCAACAUCUGUGAGGACUCGCUGCUGGCCUCGCCCCUGAUCAUCGACCUGGUCGUGGUCGCCGAGCUCAUGACCCGCAUCAGCUGGAAGGCCGACCCCGCCGCCCAGGACUUCAAGGGCUUCCACAGCGUGCUCAGCGUGCUCAGCUACAUGCUCAAGGCGCCCCUGACCCCGCCCGGCACCCCCGUCGUCAACGCCCUGGCCAAGCAGCGCGCUGCCCUGACCAACAUCUUCCGUGCCUGCGUCGGUCUGCAGCCCGAGUCGGAGAUGACCCUCGAACACAAGCUGUUCUAAGUUUUUUUUUUUUUUCUAGGG